GAGGAGGGAGAGAGGGAGAGAGAGAGAAAGAGCGCGAGUCUCCGAAUCCACAGGUUCGAGUUUUCUCUGAAGCAAAACCAGAGAGAGAGACGCCAUGGGAGCUCGAAAGAGAGGACCUAAAUCCGAAGCCGCCACGACGACGACGACGACGAAAUCUCCGUCAACAGAAACUCAAGAAAAAACCACUGCCGCGAACUCAACCGCCGCCGAGCCUCCGAUUGCUCUGUCGAAGGCGGGCCAAAUCCUGAAAGUCUCACUCAUCUUCUUCGUCCCGUACUUGUACUUGAUCUUCUCUCACUACAACAUCGAAGAGGAACUGAAGCGAUCGAUCCUCAUCAACGCCGUCCUCAGCUCUGCCGCCUUCUUCGUAACCCUCGCUAUGAUCCCUGUGGCCUCUAAAUACGUUUUGAGGCGCAAUAUGUUUGGUUACGACAUCAACAAGAAGGGCACUCCUCAAGGUUCAAUCAAAGUGCCUGAGUCACUUGGUAUUGUUGUUGGGAUUGUUUUCUUAGUGUUUGCAAUCUUAUUUCAGCAUUUUAACUUCACAGCAGAUUCAAAUUGGCUUGUUGAGUACAAUGCGGCUUUGGCAUCCAUCUGCUUCAUGAUUUUGCUUGGAUUUGUAGAUGAUGUCCUCGAUGUCCCUUGGAGAGUGAAAUUAUUAUUGCCAUCAAUUGCUGCUCUUCCUCUGUUGAUGGCCUAUGCUGGACAUACAACUAUAGUUAUACCGAAGCCUCUCAUUCCCUAUCUUGGGCUUGAGGUUUUGGAUCUAGGGUGGGUAUAUAAGCUAUACAUGUGGCUUUUGGCUAUAUUUUGCACGAACUCUAUCAAUAUUCAUGCUGGUUUAAAUGGCCUUGAAGUUGGGCAGACAGUUGUUACCUCAUGUGCUAUUCUGAUACACAAUGUAAUGCAAAUUGGAGUAUCUUCGGACCCAGAGUAUAAACAGGCUCAUGCAUUCUCUAUUUACCUUGUUCAACCGUUGCUUGCCACUUCCUUGGCUUUAUUUUCUUAUAACUGGUAUCCGUCUUCAGUUUUUGUUGGUGACACCUACACAUACUUUGCUGGAAUGACUAUGGCUGUAGCUGGCAUUCUAGGCCACUUUAGUGAAACACUCUUGAUAUUCUUCAUUCCUCAAGUUUUGAACUUCCUUUUAUCACUUCCUCAGCUUUCUGGCUUUAUUCCUUGUCCACGGCAUCGGCUGCCAAGGUUUGACCCUCAGACAGGACUGCUCACUGGGACAAAUGAUGGGACGCUUGUGAAUUUGUUCUUAAGACAAUUUGGCAGGAGGUCAGAAAAGUCUCUUUGCAUCCUUCUACUUAUCUUCCAGGCCAUUGGUUGCUGCUUCUGUUUCUUGCUGAGGUGGUUCCUAGCUGGUUGGUACAAAUGAGGCAACAACAGAGAGCGAAACAAUCUUCUAGUUGGCUUUAUUUAACAUGCGGGACUAUCUCAUCAGAUAGGUGUGUUGUAUUAUUUGUUUAUUUUUCUUUGGGAAAAAAGAGCAACUUAACCCUUGAGCUAUCUGUCAGUAGGAUAUACGGAUGCCUUGCAACUGAGCAGCAUUGACAUGUGAAUCAAGAAAAAUAGACGAAAGUGAAAUUUUUGUAUUUUUGCUCGUUAGGAUGAGAAUUUUCUCACAUAUUCAGACAUUCAAAAGAUGGGAGACAAUAUUGAAGUGUUUUUGUUCCUGUUAUUUCACUCAAAUUAUUGAUAUGAUCUCGUGAUUUAUAAAUCUUUCUACA